AUGAGGCAGCUGCGCGCCGAUAUAAGCAGAAAGGACCUUAAAAAACGUCACUUUUUAGACAAUCAAAAGCGAAUGCAAACUGAAACUCCAGUUAAAAUUUACGUGAACAAUCUCCCUCUUGAUAUGGAUGAAAAAGCUAUUACGAAGUAUUUCUCGCAAUAUGGAACCAUUAUUAACACUUUUUUGAUGGUGGAUGAAGCACAAACGUUCAAAGGCAUGGCUUUCAUCACAUUUCAGAAGAGAUCCGAUGCAAAAUAUUGUAUUAAAGAUCUAAACAAUGCCAAUUUCGAAGGAAAACAUCUUGUUGUUAGAGAAGCUAAAAAUCAAACAAAUACAGUUAAAGAUCCAAACAGGAAAAAGGAGAAAUCGGCACCAUUUCAGAUUUGCCCUAAUAUUAUGCAAACUCCUGAAAUUGUUCAAUAUACUGCGAUGCUCAAUCAACUUAAGGAAACAAUUCUUAAAGCUACAGAAAAUGCAACAAAUCAAUAA